GCUUGAACAUAGAUUCCUUGUGCCAUUCUCUAGACGACUAACAAGCCAUUCGAUGUGAGCUAAGCUAAGUAAAGAUCAUGAUAAACUGCGGUGUCGGUGGUGGUUCAGGACGCGGGCGAACAGAGACAAAGAUGACGGUCGUGGCCUUGUCGAUGGUCCCAAGACCUCGCGAAGCCAGAUAUGAGCAAGAAAAUGACGAGCAGAGAGCAGCGAGCGGCGCCAACCGUAGAGUCCUUGACGAGGUCAUUCCGCGCGAUGAUGGUGCUUCGUUCUAUCUGCCCGCCUCAGCCGGGAAACGAUACUUCCCGAGGUUUACUGCAUACCCGGUUUUGGCGCCUCACUUCACUGCACCUCCUAACGCGCGUGUGCCAGCGCUACACUGUUUGCCAACAACCGAACGGCGUUCCCGAGGCGAUCCCCGAAUUCAACAAACCACCGCACGAGGAGCCGCCCCGCCCGCCCACGCCCACCCAAUAUACCGCGACGCACGAAGAGCAGCACGAGGAGCACUCGCAUCCGCCCGAGAAUGCAGCGCCCGUCACAACCCGUCACCCACUUGAGCGAGCGUAUAAGUCGGGCGGAGACAAUGCGCCAAACAUCGGUGAAGGGAGGGAUGAAUGCGCACAAAGCUGCACGGUCGCAAACUCCAGUGCUUCCACUUUGGCCCUCUUGCAGGCGUCGAGGCUAUACUGCUAAAUCGACCUCGCUGAUCGUUCGUGCGAGGCGUGCGGCAUCUGGCUGGCAAUUACUGGUCGGAGUGUGCGGUCUACACAUACUUGUAGUCAUAAGCAGCUAUGCCAACGGAAGAAAGAUCGACCAUUCUGUCGAGUUUGCUUGUCAAGACGAAGUACGGUCCAGAGUCACUAGGACUCUGCCUCGUCGGCUGAGACGCUGAAGUCCGGGUCGGCAGCCACGGUUCUCGCCGCCAGGUGUGCGAUGACAUCCGGCAGCGCCAGAUCCAUCCGCGGAGGCAGAUGGGUAGGUCGACGCGACGGAGGGCGCCGUACACAUUCGCGCGAGUCGAAGUCAGCAGCGCGAGAACUGCGUACGAUUCCGAAGUACUGAGUCUGACAUGGGGGGCCUGACCGCGUGCUGACGUUCGAGAUACUGAGGUCCUGCGAAUAUGCCUGGAAGGU